ACUUGUCAUUAUAAAUACUGUACAAGUUGAUUAGCACCUCCUUGUCACAUCAGGUAGAGUAAAUUUCUCCAAAAGUAUGGAUCAAGAGGGAGACGACAACAACAACAACUCUCGGAUCCCGGACGAGGGGGAGGAGGAGGUUGCUGAUAGCUCUUUUAGCUACCAAAGGCUUUUGCUUGACGACGACUGGGAACUUUGGGACACUUACCCAACUGCUGACGCUAAUGCCAUCCCACCAACAACUGAGUCUGAUUCACCUGACACUAACCCAACUGCUGACGCUUAUGCCAUCUCACCAACAACUGAGCCUGAUUUACGUCUAGUGGCACUUACUCGGGUAGAAUUGAUCGAGGACUGGUUCAACUUAUCGAACCGUGAGCAAUCUCAAACAGCAUCAUCACUUAGCCAAGAUGUAUCCUCUCAUGAACUCAUCAUCGAGGUAGAAUCGAACAACGAGUGGAUCAGUGUGCACUAUGAAACAACAUCAUCGGCAGACGAAUAUGUAGAUUUUUUUUCUCACGAGAACAUCAUCCCAUACGAGGUAGAAGUGAUCGAGGAUUGGUUCCGCCCAUGGAACAGUGAGGCGCAAUCCGAAACAGCUUCAUCAUCAGACGAAUAUGUAUUCGUUGUACCCUCUCAUGAAGACGUCAUCGCGUACGAGGCACAAAUUUUCAAUCGCCCACAAAAUGUAAGAGAAGGUGUCAACGCUGGGCUAACCGUUGAAGUCACUGAUGAGAACGUAAGAAGAAGGAUGUAUGAAAACAGCAGUGAUGAAUCGGAGAUAUGUGUGAUCUGUCAGGACAAGUUGAAGCAAGGUGAAGAAGCUUCGAAACUGGAUUGUGGGCAUGACUAUCACUUCGGAUGCAUCAGGGACUGGCUAAUGGUCAGGAACAAGUGUCCUCUUUGCAACCAGCCAGUUGUUUAAUUGUUUUAUUAGGGUAGAAACAUGUCAAGCUUGACUUGAUUUCUUAUUUCUGACUGCCCAUUGCUUUGCUUUUUUAAUUUUCCCUUGGGAUGCUUUAUGUAGUUUUCCCCUUCGGACCCUCUUUCAUUUUCUUUUUUAUGUUAAACAUAAUCUUCCGAAAUGCAUGCAGUUUUAAGUUUA